UCUGCAAUUACAAACGCUGACACUUGCCAAGUUCUUAGUAUUCUUUUCUCUUUAUCAUCUUCUUCUUUGCUUCAAAUGAUUCUAUAUUUGGAGCAUUGUUUUUUUUAUAUGCAUGCCACAAACCUCAAAGUCGUGACAUUGAAGAAGGAUAUGGAACGUGGAGGCUUCCAUGGCUACCGCAAGUUCUCCCUCAACACCACCAAUCCUUCUGAACCAGCGAGGUUUUUGAUGGCGGAGGGGAGCAUGCAGCUAGCAGAGCCCAACCAGACUAACAAAACCGCUAAUGGAGGUGAAGAGGAGUGCACGGUGAGGGAGCAAGACAGGUUCAUGCCUAUUGCCAACGUGAUACGGAUCAUGCGGAGGAUCUUACCUGCUCACGCCAAGAUCUCAGACGACUCCAAGGAGACGAUCCAAGAGUGUGUCUCGGAGUACAUCAGCUUCAUAACAGGGGAGGCCAAUGAGCGCUGCCAGAGGGAGCAGCGCAAGACCAUCACUGCCGAGGAUGUCUUGUGGGCCAUGAGCAAGCUCGGUUUUGAUGAUUACAUAGAACCUCUCACGUUGUACCUCCACCGCUACAGAGAGUUGGAGGGUGACAGAGGAGUUGGCUACAACGCUGGUUCCGUUGGCAUGACCAGUGGCAUGGUGGUCAAGAGGCCUAAUGGUACCAUGGGAGAGUAUGGAGCCUACGGUGUUGUGCCAGGGAUGCACAUGGCGCCGUACCAGUAUCGUCAUCAGAACGGGUAUGCUUACAGUGGUAAUGAACCUGAUUCCAAAAUGGGUGGUCCAUCAUCAGCAGCUAAUGGUUCCAGAGUUGAACUGUUUCCAACUCAGCAACAUAAGUACUGAGAGCAAUGGCUAAUGAAAGUUGACAGCUGUUUUGGUAUCUAACCCCUUAAAUGAAGCAGUUUCUGAAUUUAAGUUAUAAGCAAAAACAAUGAUGC